AUGGUCAGAUCCCGCGGCUUGAACCACCGAAACCCCUUCAACGCCCCAGAAGAAUUCGCCGAAGACAAUGCCCAACCCGAAGCAAUUGACGAGCAAGAACAAGAAGCACUCAUAACAAAGUUGCGUGCACAGGAUGAAGCACAGAAUACUCUUUACAGAAAAGCCUUCGCCCUCAUCAUUUUAGCGCUAUGUCCAAUCUUCCUAAUGGCCUUACCAACAGGAGUCGGCGCCCUACCAAUUCUCCUCUCAAUAACCUCCCUCUCACUAACCUCCUACACCCUCCUCUCCCUUCCCCUCCACGCCCAGCAAACGCCCUUCCCACUCUCCUACCUUCCAUUCCUCAACCUAACGCUCUCACUCCUCGCAGCUGUGAACGGUGGAAUAAAGAGCAGGGUGUUGAGAGGAGGGGUGGAUGAGGUUUCGUGGGUGGUGUGGUAUAUCCCGGUCGUGGUAUGUGGGGUUGCGGAGGUGCUGAGGUAUUGGAUGAGGGGUGUUGAGGCGGAUAUCAGCGGUUUGGAGGGAUUAAAAUACAAGUACAAGGGAGCAUGA